UCAAUGCGCCGACGCUCACUUGCAUUUGGGUUGACAGGAAGUGAAACAUUCAUCCCUGGGAAUGACCACAAGGCGUGGGUUAAACAAGUCGAGUUUGUAGCUGUUUUACCGCUUUUCUCCGACAGCCUCUCAGCAUCUUUCAUCGAGCUGAAGAUGGACAGAUUUCAGCGUGUCUGAUGUAGAGGACAGGAGGGCAACGGCUGUCCGGCUAACCCUGCUAGCAGACAGUCUUCAUGAAUCAAGUCCUGAUAUUAAACAUCACUGAAACACAACAACAGAGAUAAAGAGACACUCACACAGACAUACUGCAUCAUGAACGAUGAUGUGAUGCUAAACGUACCGGUCAUCCGGCAGCUGUAUCACUGGGAUUGUGGCUUGGCCUGUUCGAGAAUGGUCCUAGAGUAUUUACAUCCAGUAAGUGAGGAGGAAUUUCAGAGAGCGUGUUUGGACUUGGAGUUCACAGAGAGUGUGUGGACUAUUGACUUGGCUUAUCUCAUGUGUAAGCUGGGGGUCAGACACUGCUUCUGCACACAGACUCUCGGCGUGGACAAGGGCUUCAGGAACCAGUCUUUCUACAAAAAGCAUUUUGAAAAGGAGGAGGACAGAGUGAAUGAACUCUUUAUGAAGGCUGAAAGCAAAGGAGUCCUCGUAAAGAAAUGCUCUGUUACAGUUCAAGAGAUUCAGAGCCACCUGGAGCAGGGUCAUGUGGCCAUUGUGCUGGUCAAUGCAGUGGUGCUGGUGUGUGAGCUGUGCUCUACGCCUGUCAAAUACUGCUGUUUCCUCCCUGUGGGUCAGAAGUGCUUCUGCAGGAAGCCAGAUUACCAGGGCCACUUCGUGGUGGUGUGUGGAUUUAACCGCAAUACCGGCAGCAUCUUCUACAACAAUCCCGCCUACUCAGACCGUGUGUGCUGCACUAGCUUUAGCAAUUUUGAGGAGGCCAGAAGAAGCUACGGAACUGACGAGGACAUUCUGUUCAUCUACAAAGAUGACUGAGUCUUUACCGCUUUUGAAUGAACACGCAUUUAACACACCUUUAGCAUCCACUGUGGUUGGCUGGGUAGCGUUUUUGCCAACAGGUACCAGCGCUGAUGGCCAAUAGCAGGUAGUAUGUGUCACCUCCGGCUAUGGUCCUCAUAAAAGCUAUAGCGUCGCACAAAACAUUACUAUGGUGCUACAUCGGCCACAGAAUGAAAUAUUCACACAGAAAGGAAAGGGAGAUGCUAUGUAUAUGUAACUCAUCAUUAUUGUGAUGUGGACUUUUAUCUCUAUAAAUCAAAUUAUCUAGCACAUUUGAUUUAUAGAGUCUCUGCCACUGUAAGAGGUAGAGAAGGAGUGUACAUAAUGUUUUUCAUUCAUGUAAAGAUAGAGAUUUUGUGAUCAGGGUAACCUUGCAAAAUCAUGGGGUUGUGAUGAUUUUCUUACUUUAUUUUUCCUCUUGGAAGCCACUUAAUUGAGCAUACAGUGAAUGAUUUUAAUUAUUGUGAAAGAGGAAAGAGGUUGUUUUUUUAAAAAACUCAGGUAAGAUAUGAUAAAUCCAGUAUGCUAAAUUAUAUCCCACUGUCAGGAAAGAAAUGUUUCAUAGGUGCAAUACAUGUGGAUUCACUUACUCCAGGGGGUUUCCUCAAAAACAAAAUCACCUGGACGUCCGUCAUAACCUCAUGUAGAGUAGCAAGAGAGAGUUUGGCUGCUUUGUGGGUGACUCUCAACUGUGAACCUUGUCCAUAAAGUACAUUUUAAACUCACUCAGCAUUAGUACAGUAUUAGACCCAUUUCUGUGUAAAUGACAAUAUUUUGUUGUUAAAUUCUCAUUAUUAUAAUGUGUUGGUGUAAUUCCACUAUGUUAAUUCCUCAGAGAGAGAACAGGAACACUACGUUUAGAGGUUUACGUCAGUUGUUUUGUGGAAUAGAGUCGUGCACCGUUUAAAAAUGGUCUGAACACAGUGUUGUGAAUGCUUUGCUGUUCGCUUGUAAACACACUAUGCCUGCUCAGUGGUCCAGAUGGUUCAAUCGUGACAAAAUGGCAGACGAAUGAAAUGCUUGCACUAUGGUGUUCCACCAGCCAUAAUUCUGUUAUUUAAUCUUUGACAUUCAUGUUAAAAUGUUAUUUUUGUGAUUUUUGAGACAUCAGGUAUCUGAUUACAUCAGCUUGUGCUUUUCUUUUCUUUCUUUUUUCUUUUUUUAAAGAACUUAAGGAAUGUUGAUAUGGUAUGAUAUGGCAAACUUUAUUUUUAUGAAAUAUAUAGUUGCAUUUAGGAAAUGAAUAAAAUUGGAUUUGUAUUUUAA